AUGCGCACGCGCCGCGAGCAAAUUGGAUACUGGGCGACUGUGCCACCUCCCACGGUAGGUGAUGUUUCACCACAUCGCUAUCAGGACUCAUCAAUCAAAGGUAAACAAUUUCCGUCAAAGAAACAAGGAAAUAAAGCACAGUUUAGAUUCGUUGUCCCGGCGUGCAGUGAUAGUGCGGUGGUAAUUCUAGGAUUCUUAGAGACACUCGUCGCAUUCAGAUAG